UGUGCGGCUCCGCGGCCGCUGCGCGAGGUCUCGCCCCGCGGAUCUCCAGCGCCCCGGCCGUGCCCGCGGGGCCCCGCCGCCGCGCCCGGGGUGCGCAGGCCGCGGGCAGGCGGGACCGGGGGCUCAGCAAAAGCUCAGCGCGCAGGCGAAAGAAACAUGGCGCUGGGAAGCAGUAUGUGCAAAAUCCGCAAGGAAUUGCAGUAAAUUCCUUUUUGUUUGAAGAAAAUUUACAACUUGGUAAUAGACCUUUUUAUGACCUAUUUGGGCUCGUCAUUGGCUGCGGCUGGUCAUGUGCAGGCAGCGAGCGCUUUCAUGGCCUUUUCCUGAUUUCCCUGGCGAUUUUCCCCCUGCAUUCUGCCUUCAGAGAGCCUCAGCCCCUCUUUUCCUAACCUUUGUCUAGGCUGAGGUGUAUGGCAGUCGCCCUCAUGUUUGUGUCCCGCUCCCCGAAACCCGCGGCCGGUCCCGCCGCCGCCGCGCUGACACGUCCCCGGCCCCGCGACGCCUGCUCUCCCGCGCCCGCGGGGGGAUGCGCGGAGCCCCGCGCCCGCCGCCGCGCCGCCUCCAGCCCUCCGCUCCUCUCCCGCCGCUUGUUGCCCCCGCUGCCGCUAUCUCCUCCGGCACACGGAUUGCUACGCGGGCGCAAAAUGGAUUACAACGAUCCUCCCAGGCUCCUCCGCAGGCGGGCAGUGCCGCGAACCGGUUCGGCACCAUGGAAGGACACCCAUGGUCCGUGCCCACGGAUUAUCCAAAGGAACCCGAAGAUCCUACCCACACAGUUAAAGUCAAAAAUCAAGACAAAACAUAAGUGUGGUGGCUGCGAGUGGCCCGGGCCGACGACGUGAGGCGCGGGGCGGCGGUCAAUGUUAUUUGAGCGGGGGCCGCGGGCCUCGGCGAUCGCAGAGCGGAGGAUGCAGAAAGCCGCCUACUACGACAACGCGGGGCUCUUCGGGGGCUACACCUACGGCAAGGCCGACGCCUACCCCUACGGCGCGGCCCACCAGCCCUAUGGCCAGGCCGGCCUGGACGGCGAGUACCCCGGCUCCGCCUGCUCCGUCCAGGGCUCGGCGCCCGGCCGCGCCCCGGCCCACAAGGGCAGCGAGCUGAGCGGCAGCUGCAUGCGGACGGCCGGGGGCGGCCCCGGGGGCAGCCAGCCCCCGGGCAUCGGCGAGCAGCAGCCCCCGGCGCUACCACCCUCCUCGCCGCCCAACCCUCCCCCCAGCGCACCCCCUCCGAAAAAAGCCAAGGGGGGCCCCAACUCCUCGGGCUCGGCCACCGCCACCCUCAGCAAGCAGAUAUUCCCCUGGAUGAAGGAGUCCCGGCAGAACUCCAAGCAGAAAAGCACCUGCGCCCCCUCAGGAGAGAGCUGCGAGGACAAGAGCCCCCCCGGGCCGGCCUCCAAGCGGGUGCGCACAGCCUACACCAGCGCGCAGCUGGUGGAGCUGGAGAAGGAGUUUCACUUCAACCGCUACCUGUGCCGGCCGCGCCGGGUGGAGAUGGCCAACCUGCUCAACCUGACGGAGCGGCAGAUCAAGAUCUGGUUCCAGAACCGCCGGAUGAAGUACAAAAAGGACCAGAAAGCCAAAGGCAUCAUGCACUCCCCCGUCGGACAGUCCCCAGACCGCAGCCCCCCCCUGAGCGGCCCAAACCACGUCGGCUACUCCAGCCAGCUCCCCAGCGUCAACAGCCUCAGCUACGACGCGCCCUCGCCCACCUCCUUCGCCAAAUCCCAGCAGAGCAUGUACGGGCUGGCCGCCUACACGGCGCCGCUGAGCAGCUGCCUGCCGCAGCAGAAGCGCUACGCGGGCGCGGAGUACGACCCCCACCCCAUGCAGAGCGGCGGCGGCGGCUUCGCCAACCCCAGCCUGCAGGGCAGCCCCGUCUACGUGGGGGGCAACUUCGUGGACUCGAUGCCGGCCUCCGGCCCCAUGUUCAACCUGGGGCACCUGCAGCACCCCUCCUCCGCCAGCGUGGACUACAGCUGCGCCGCCCAGAUCCCCGGCGGCCAUCACCACGGACCUUGCGACCCCCACCCCACCUAUACGGACCUCUCCUCUCACCACACCUCUCAGGGACGGAUGCAGGAGGCGCCCAAGCUCACGCAUCUGUAGCGGGGCGGCGGGCGGCGGGGCCCGCUCCCCUCUCAAUUACCUCACUUUUCUGACGGGACAGUGUUACUUUGCUCUCGAGUGCCA